AGGAGAGAUGGAUGCGAAGGGGAAGCCGCACUUUAACUGAGAGCAAGGUCAGGAGCGCGCUGCCCCACGCUCCCCGCCGCUGAGAAGUUCUUUGGACGCGAACAGACGUGUGCUGCAGCUGGGCAGAGCGCGGAGCGGAGCAGCGAGCUAGCGAGCGCCGCCGACCCGCCCGCCCGCCCGCCCGCGCCAGCCGCGAGGAGAGAGGCAGUUCGCGCCCAGGGCCCCGGCUCGGCCCGCGCCGCCGCCGGCCCCGCCAUGGCGGAGGUCGGGGGCGUCUUUGCCUCCUUGGACUGGGACCUGCAAGGCUUCUCCUCCUCUCUGGGGAACGUGCCCUUAGCUGACUCCCCGGGUUUCCUGAACGAGCGCCUGGGCCAGAUCGAGGGGAAGCUGCAGCGCGGCUCGCCCACAGACUUCGCCCACCUGAAGGGGAUCCUGCGGCGCCGCCAGCUCUACUGCCGCACGGGCUUCCACCUUGAGAUCUUCCCCAAUGGCACGGUGCAUGGCACCCGCCACGACCACAGCCGCUUCGGAAUUCUGGAAUUUAUCAGCUUGGCUGUAGGGCUCAUCAGCAUCCGGGGAGUAGACUCUGGCCUCUACCUGGGAAUGAAUGAGCGAGGAGAGCUGUUUGGAUCGAAGAAACUCACACGAGAAUGUGUUUUCCGGGAACAGUUUGAAGAAAACUGGUACAACACCUAUGCCUCCACCUUGUACAAACACUCGGACUCGGAGAGACAGUAUUAUGUGGCCCUGAAUAAAGACGGCUCACCCCGGGAGGGAUACAGGACUAAACGACACCAGAAAUUCACUCACUUUUUACCCAGGCCAGUAGAUCCUUCUAAGUUGCCAUCCAUGUCCAGAGACCUCUUCCGCUAUAGGUAAUGGACCCCUGGUGCCACCUCUUUGACCCAUGUACUCUGUGACCAUGGUUGGCUCUGCAAACACUAUACUCAUAGCUUUUCAACCCUUCCUUCCUAUCAAUUAGAUAACAGAGAAGCACUUACUGUUCAACAUGACCCAGCUGUCCCCUUGUUCAAAGUGUAUAUCAAGGUUGGGUUAUUUUGGGGAGGGACGUGGGGGGAGGGGUGGUUCCGAGGGAAUCUUGUAUAUACUUUUUGUUUUACUCAUGUUCUUUCCCGGGAGGUGGCAUGACAAAGAACAAGGGUUCCCACUAAGGGCCAAAGCUGUCUUGCCUCACAAUCUACCCAGAUACCUUGAGAUGGGGUACAAAUGAAAGACCAAGGAAUCUGCCACAGAUGCUACCUAAAGAGCGUUGGGAAAGUGUCAUUUGGAAAAUCCUAGGGGCUCCCACCCUGCUACAAGCCAUCCCUACCCUAGCUCUGCAGAUCUCUCAUUCGUCCUGACAUGCAGUUUUCCUGCCACCGGAAAGUGGGAGAUAUGGGGUAGGUUGUAAGGAAAUGAUAUUAAAAUGUAAGCAUGGAUACUGUGCAUAAGGACAAACUAUUUAUGAAAUGUAUAUGCUAUUUAUUUUAUAUAUUUAUUUAUUUCAAAAUAAUUUUAUUUUUAAUGAGAGAUGCUAUGACUGGAUUUUCUUCAGAAAGAAUAAGGUCCUACUGAAACAGGAAAAAUGAGUUAUUAAAGGCUUUUAUUUGGCAAUAAAAUUGUCUUUAUAUUAUAAAA